AUUUAACAACAGGAAUCGGCGACGCGGACAUUUGUGGCGGUCAUGAUUUACGUGACACACUUAUAUUCAAAGCUCGCGACUUGUAUGCCUUCAGAGUUCUUUCAGUAGCAUACACUAAAGGGUACGAAAUCGACAAUGGACAGCUACUUUCUGUACAUCGCGUCCCGAUUGGAAAAAUUGCGACGUGACAAAGACGCCAACAACCGCUCUGGAAGUUGGUUUGGCGAGCUCAAACAGUUGCAGUUCUGGCGCGCUGUGGCGGCCGAGUGUGUAGCGACUCUUUUUGUCGUGUUCGUCGGCACGAUGUCAAAAGUGGACAUAACGCAGCCUGUUGACGUCACGAUCAAGUUCAUUCGGGUCGGUUUGACAUUCGGCCUGAUUACAACCGUGUGCAUCCAAAUUAUCGGUCACGUGUCCGGUGGUCACAUGAACCCAGCCGUCUCCAUAGCAAUGGCGGUUGCCAUGGAGAUCAGUCCGCUUCGUGCCGUCAUGUACACAGCUGCCCAGUGCCUCGGUGGAAUGCUGGGAUCCCUACUGUUGAAGGGGGUGACACCCAGUUAUCUCCAUGGUAACCUGGCUGUGACGAGAGUCCACGAGGGGCUUAGUGGCGGCCAGGGGUUUGCUUGCGAGUUCGUAUUCACCUUCCUCCUGCUCACCUCCAUAUUUGCCUGCACGGACACGAACAGGACCCUGUGUGGCAGCCCUGCCCUCGGUAUCGGCAUCACUGUCGGCGUCAUUCAUCUCGCCGGGAUCCCGUUCACAGGUGCCAGUAUGAAUCCCGCCCGCUCUUUAGCCUCCGCUGUCGUCUCGCGAGACUUCAGGGAUCUAUGGGUGUACUGGGUGGGGCCCGUGCUGGGAGGAUGUGUUGCCGCCGGGGUCUACAAGUACAUCUUCCUACCGUACAAGGGCUUUGCCACCUUCCCAGAGGCGGAAAAAGAACUGGCGAACGCUGCGGACGUGAUUGUGAUACCCAGGUCUUUCUCCAACGAUGACGUUACGAGGAUCAAAGGGCGCCUGGAGAUAUCCAAAAUCUGACCGCGUCAUGGUGACGUGAUUUGCAUGAACGCUCACUGUGCUCGGGACUGGUUAGAGUCCUCGUGGCGCACGUGUUUGUCAAUCUCUUGUGUAUCAUUAACCCAUUUAUGCCUAGUGGACUCUCCCAUCCUUCUAAAUUGGAUCAAUUUAUUUCCAAAAUUAGGGAUGUCUAGUAUAUUUAUUUCUAUACAUGUACUUAGAAUAUUUCUUACAGAAAUUCCUUUAAGCAAACAGCGCAGACCCUGAUGAGACGCCGCAUCAUGCGGCGUCUCAUCUGGGUAUACGCUGUUUUCCAAUUCCUUUUUUCUAGACGCUAGGCAUAAAUGGGUUAAGAUACAAUGUGAAACUGUUGAAACUUCAUCUGCAUACGCUGUGCCUUAUUCAUUAUAUAUCGUUUUUUGUAUUAUUACUCUGCGGAUUCCUUUAUAUAUAUCCGCAUAAUGCCGUUUCAUAUCUAAAUACAAGUGAUGCUAAGUCGUGCAUAAAUAUAACAUAUAUAAAUGAGACUGACAUUAUUUUCUCAUAAAACUAAGCUUUCCAAAGAUACAGCGCGAUGUUUUAUUGCAUUUUGAACAAAAUCAAAUUCAAUAUUUUGCCAUCACAUGUCAGAGAGUUAAAAAUAAAGUGUUUUCUCUUAAAAACUUUCAUGCUCCACGUACGUGUCCAAGUUUACAAUAAACUGUAUAAAUAAACAGGUUAAUUUUGAGUAAGUACCUUUCUUAUAAUAAAUUACUUAUAUGUACUUGCAUGUAAGAAUACUAAUCACAUAAAACUUUA